AGAAAGUCCAGCCUUGGUUUUUUUUUGGUUUUUUUCCUUUUUUUUCUUCUUCUUCUUCUCUCUCGUCCAAUAAAAUGUUGAAAUUGCGCAGCGUGCGCGCCUGACAGCGGACGCGGCGCAGAGAGCGGCGGCAGACGCAGACAGGCGGCGGAGUUGGUACGAACGUCUUCGACUUCACACACACACACACGCGCGCGCACACACACACACACACACACCAAAAAAAAGAGAAACCUCGACCGCUCUCCAGCCGCUCCGCUCCCACAGAUGUGCCUCGCACCGCUCGCCGUUCCCGGAGAGAGGAGAGGAGAGGGGGGGGCGACGACUCCGCGUUGGAUUUAAGCGCCGCGAUCUGCCGCGGACAAGAUGACUAAACCCCGGGCGACCAGCGCAGCAGACGGUGUGCCUCGUUCGGAGCCGAAGGGGUCGUGUGCCACAACAUAGAGAGAAGAGAAGAAGAAGGGGGGGAAAAAAAGAAAAAAAGAACUCGGCGCAAUCGAGGGCCAGCGGCAGCCUUGUAGCAUCCAGCUAGCUGCUCCGGCUAACCGCUAGCAACCCCGCUAAACGUUACAGGUGUUCCAGGCAGAAAUCAACCAAACGUAACUUGUGGCUGCGGUCAACUGGGCGACGAGCUGCGCCCCGAUGUCGUGACUCCAAACUGAAGCCGACGUGCCUCCUCGACGACCUUUCGCCAAGCCGACGCCAAGUAGCAAAGUGUGACACUUAGCAACGUUGUUAUUAGCCAUUAGCUCCUUUUCCUUUUUUUCUCCCCUCUAGUUAGACGCUGUCCCGUGUUUACAGCGGCGGCGGCGGCGGGCUAGCCUCGCUAGCAUCCAAGCUAGCGAGUGAACUUUCGAGCUGCAUGUGCUCAUUUCUUUGACUUCUGUGGCUCAUUUUCCCGCUGCUCACUCCGACGCGACCCGGGGACUUCGCGGUGUAGUUUUAGUCCGGUCGGUUUCACUUUUUUUUUCUUCUAACCCGACCCCCCCCCCACCCCACACACCUUCCACCCUCCACCCUCCACCGUGCCUUGCCUUGCCUUGCCCCGGACUGACCCACCCCAACAAGGACUAUCUACCCGGGGCCGAUGCUGACAGUUCGGCCCGGACCACGGCAACGCCAGGAGCCGCUACCGCGAUGCAGCCCCAGCAGAUAUACGACUUCUCCAGUGACGAGAACAGUCACAAGUGGAGAGGCCUCUUCGUGCAAGCUCUGCGAAAGGUACAGAAGCAGGUCCACCCGAACCUCACGGCGAAGGAGGACGCCCUGCAGCACAUCGAGGAGCUGAUCCUGCAGCUGCUCAACAUGCUGUGUGUGGCCCAGCCGCGCUCUGUGCAGGACGUAGAGGAACGUGUCCAGAAAACCUUCCCCCACCCUAUAGAUAAGUGGGCGAUCGCCGACGCCCAGUCAGCUAUCGAGAAACGCAAGAGGAGGAACCCCUUACUUCUCCCCGUGGACAAGAUACACCCACUGCUAAAGGAGGUUUUGGGUUACAAAGUCGACUACCACGUUUCCCUCUACAUCGUGGCAGUGCUCGAAUACAUAUCGGCAGACAUACUGAAACUGGCAGGAAACUACGUGGGCAACAUUCGGCACUAUGAAAUCAACCAACAGGACAUCAAGGUCUCCAUGUGCGCAGACAAGGUGUUGAUGGACAUGUUUGACCAGGAGGAGGACAUCGGCCUGAUGUCUCAGUGCACGGAGGAGCCGUCCUCCACCGGGGAGCUCACGUACGACGACCUGGUGAGGCUUGAAAUCGCAGAGGAGCGGCAGUACCUUCGGGAGCUCGACCUCAUCAUCAAAGUGUUCCGCCAUCACUUCCUGUCCAACCCCAAAAUCUUCACGCCUCAGGACGUGGAGGUGAUCUUCAGCAACAUCCUGGACAUCCACGAGCUGACGGUGAAGCUGCUCGGCCUGAUCGAGGACGCGGUGGAGAUGACGGCUGAAGGCAGUCCUCAUCCUCUGGUGGGCAGCUGCUUUGAGGAUCUAGCAGAGGAGCAGGCGUUCGACCCCUAUGAGACCCUGUCUCAGGAUAUUCUCAACAGGGAUUUCCACGAACAUUUCAACAACCUGAUGGCUCGACCAACCGUCGGCCUCUACUUCCAGUCAGUUGCAGAAGGCUUCAAAGAAGCCGUCCAGUACGUCCUUCCCCAGCUGAUGAUGGUCCCAGUAUACCACUGUAUGCACUACUUUGAGCUGUUACAGCAACUUCCGGAUCGCAGUCAUGACCAAGAUGACAUGGAAUGUCUGAAGCAGGCGAUCACAGCGCUGCUCAACCUCCAGUGUAGCGUGGAGCGCAUCUAUGCCAAGCACCAACCUCGCCGCAAACCUGGUGAGCCCAUGUACCGCCUGUACAGCAGGCAGGUUCGUAGCAAACAACUAGCCAUCAAACGCAUGAACGAGAUUCAGAAAAGCAUCGACGGCUGGGAGGGGAAGGACAUCGGCCAGUGCUGCAGCGAGUUCAUCCUUGAGGGUCCGCUCAUACGGGCGGGCGCCAAGCACGAGAGGCACAACUUCCUGUUUGACGGCCUGAUGAUCAGCUGCAAGGCCAACCAGAGCUCGCGGCUCCCGGGGUCGGGCAGCGGCGCGGAGUACCGCCUCAAGGAGAAGUUUGUGCUGCGGAAGAUCCGCAUCGUGGACCGCGAGGACUCCAGCGAGCUGCGGCACGCAUUCGAACUGAUAGGCAAAGACGAGAACUGUGCUGUUUUCUGUGCACGGACGGCGGAGGACAAGGCGGCGUGGAUGGCGGCACUGGUCACCCUGCAGUACCGCUCCACUCUGGACCGCAUGUUGGACACGGUGCUGCAGCACGAGGAGCAGGCGCAUCCUCUAAGACUGCCCUCGCCGGAGGUUUACCGCUUCGCUGUGCAGGACUCUGAAGAGAACAUAGUGUUCGAGGACAAAGUGCAGAGCAAAACGGGCAUUCCCAUCAUUAAGGCCGGCACCGUAGUCAAGCUCAUAGAGCGCCUCACCUACCAUAUGUAUGCCGAUCCUAACUUUGUCCGCACGUUUCUUACCACGUACCGAUCGUUCUGCAAACCCCAGGAGCUUCUCACCUUGCUGAUAGACAGGAUUGAGAUCCCGGAGCCGGAACCGACGGAGGAGGACCGACAGGCUCUCUGGAACGGUGAUCAGCCGAUGGCCGCCGAGCUCCAGAGGUUCCGGAAGGAAUACGUGCAGCCGGUCCAACUCAGGGUUCUCAACGUUUUCCGUCAGUGGGUCGAACAUCAUUUCUACGACUUUGAGAACGACCCAGAGCUGAGAAGUCGACUGGAGGAAUACAUCACCAGCAAAAUUCAACUGAGAGGCAAGUCGAUGAGAAAGUGGGUGGAGUCCAUCAACAAGAUCAUCAAGCGGAAACUGCAGACGCAGUCGAACGGCGUCAGUCACAACAUCACCUUCGAGAGCCCGCCCCCUCCCAUCGAGUGGCACAUCUGCAGGGCAGGGCAGGUGGACUCCUUUGACCUCAUGACCCUUCACCCCAUAGAGAUUGCCCGUCAGCUGACCCUACUUGAGUCUGAGCUCUACAGAGCUGUUCGGCCGUCCGAGCUCGUCGGCAGUGUCUGGACCAAAGAGGACAAAGAGAAGAACUCGCCGAACUUGCUCCGUAUGAUCCGUCACACCACCAACCUCACGCUGUGGUUCGAGAAGUGUAUCGUGGAGACAAUGAACCUGGAGGAGCGGGUGGCGGUGUUGUCGCGGGUCAUCGAGAUCCUGCAGGUUUUCCAGGAGCUCAACAACUUUAACGGCGUCCUGGAGGUGGUCAGCGCCAUCAACUCUGUCCCGGUCUACAGGCUGGACCACACCUUCGAGGCAAUACCAGAGAGGAAAAAGAAAAUUCUGGAAGAAGCUGUGGAACUGAGCCAAGACCAUUUUAAGAAAUACUUGGCUAAACUCAAGUCAAUAAACCCACCCUGUGUGCCUUUCUUUGGUAUCUAUCUGACCAACAUCCUGAAGACGGAGGAAGGCAACCCGGACUUCCUCAAGCGCCACGGCAAGGAGCUGAUCAACUUCAGCAAGCGGAGGAAAGUGGCCGAAAUCACGGGAGAGAUCCAGCAGUAUCAGAACCAGCCGUACUGUCUGAAGGUGGAGCACGACAUCAGGAGGUUCUUUGAGAACCUGAACCCGAUGGGCAACAGGAGUGAGAAGGAGUUUUCCGACUACCUGUUCAAAACGUCUAUGGACAUCGAGCCACGGAACUGCAAGCAGGCUCCCCGAUUCCCCAGGAAGACCAUAUACAACCUGAAAUCCCCGGGGAUCCGGCCUGUGCGAACGUCUACCUCGGGCACCCUGAAGGGCCACCCCGUCGCCCUGGAGAGGGAGCCCCCACACAAGAUCACCUUCCGCAGCAUCGCCGAGACCGAGCCAGAGACGCCGGCGUCGGCGUCGGUGCCAACCUCCCCCAACACGCCCACGCCGCCGCAGUCGGCCUCCUCUGACAUCAGCUCGGUCUUCAUGGAGCACGACCUCAGCAGCUCCUACGGCGGUAGUAACUCCAUAUUUGCUCCAGCUCCUCUGCCGCCUUCAAUGAGUCGCUUUUUCCAUUUCCCAGAGUUCCAUUCAGUCUCCUGCGGCAGCCUCCACCAGCUCGGAGAGGAGCUGCUCAAGCCGCCGCCUCUACCGCCGCGAAGGAAAGAUGCGAUCUCUGAAGCCAAACUGAGCUCCAGGUCCGACAGCCCUCCAGCGAUUCCUCCCCGCCUGCCCCCACCUCUUCCCCGGAACCAGCCUCGCCCGCCAGUCUACAACGGGCCCCCCAUGGAUGGCCCCCUGCCGAGCCCGCCCCCGCCGCCACCCCGGGACCCCCUGCCCGACACGCCUCCGCCAGUACCCCAGCGGCCGCCGGAGAUCUUCAUCAACUACCCGCCCCUGCAGCCUUCCCCCGUGGGCCGAUACCACUGGGACUUCAGCAGCAUCCCCAGCUCCCCGAACACGCCGCCCAGCACGCCAUCGCCGCGCAUCCCCCGGCGGAGCUGUCCCCUGAGCGCCAGCCAGAACAGCCUCUGCCCUCUGCCCAUCUCCAUCACCGCGCCGCCCGUCCCGCCGCGCCACAACUCCAACCCGCAGCUCCCCAAACUCCCACCAAAGACAUACAAAAGGGAGCUGCUUCCGCCACCGCCGCUACAGGGCCUCUCGUUGGUGGAGAACGCCGACAGCAUCCAGUGAGGUCUGCUCUGUUAUAUACAUAUAUAUAUAUAUAUUUUUUUUUUUACACCAAGAGGUGGCCCUGACAUGCAAUCCUCAAAAACUGUCACCUUGGAACUUACGACACAGUAAACUCCCGAGCUACUGAUCGGAAAAGAAACACUGCGCCACAUACUGUUAACUCCACGCCACCCCGCCUCCUCUGCAUCGAACCCGUCACACCCCCGCUGUGCCUCUCAGGUGAUCAGUAGCUCCGCCUUCAUCAGAAAGAAAAAAACCCUCUGUGCCAAUGAGAAACCCACACCGGUGUGCCAGCUAAUAAACAACAAGGAGUCGGGUGUUUUGUGUCUGUCUCUUCUGUUCCGGAGCGAGAACGUUUGUUCCUCUUAACUUGACCCCCAACGUCCCACUCCUCCAUCACCCGGGAGGGGUGAACGCCGGGGACUUUGUAGCCUUAACUGUCAUGCUUUGUUCCUUUUGGGCAUUGACGUCAUCUGGAGUUCCGCUGCAGCUCUCAGAUUUUUACGACCUCUCUCUCUCCUUGACGAUCGACGCAGACACAGCAGUAGCUCUUCUCGCGGCGGGUGGGCGAGCAGCCGACGUCUCCACUGACUUGUGUUUCCUACUAACUGAAAAACAAACAGUUGCCAAAGUCUUAUUUUAUGCAGGGGGAUAAGGGAUUUCCUUUUUUUUUCUUUUCUUUUUUUUUUUUUAACAAAUAUGUGACAGUAACAGAAACACACACAAACAGGAGGCGACACUGAACACCCCCCCCCCCCCCCCCCCCCCCGUAACUCAACUGUACACUGUGACUGUAUAGACGCGAGUCAAACUCUCUUGAUUGUUUGUUUUUUUCCUCCGCAGCCACAAAACGUUGCCUUUACAAAAAGCGGUGACCUCUGACCCCCCAGGGGGCUCUCACCGGUCCUCCUCGGGCCCCCGAGAGCCAAGAAACACUCCAUUUGCACAUCAAGCUUGGGCAAAGUCAGCAGGGGUUGUGGUUGUUUUUGUUGUUGUUGUUGUUCUGCCACGAUAUAUCAAACAGCACCGAUCCAGGACAACCAGAGAAAAUACAUUUUCCUCUCUCUCUCUCUCUCUCUCUCUCUCUCUCUCUCUCUCUCUCUCUCUCUCUCUCUCUCCAGCAGCUCUUUUUGAGAAAAAAAACAGCUGAUGUCUUAACCGUUACAGACGUGCGCCGCUGUCUGACACUGUGCUCUUCCCCCCCCCCCAAAAAGCCCUCAUGACCAACCUAUUUUUUUUCUUCAUUGGUAUUCAAACUCAGCACUGGAAGCUAACCUCUCCACCAAAGCUGAGUGGGCCCCCCCCAGUGGCUGCACCAAAUACCUUCUUUCUUUUUUUUUUUUUAUUAAAAAAAUAAAUAAAAACAAUAAAAGCCCCAUGAGAAAAAAAAGAGGAACUCUUUAAACCCAACCUCUUCUUGUUCAUCUUUCCCUCCCUCUCCCUCUUUUCUUUUUUUUUUUCUUUGCUUGAAACGGUUUUUGUUUCACUUCAGAAAAGACUGAAAUAACCCCCGCGUCGCGCUCGGAUGUGCCUUUUUAUUUUUUCUGUUUUCUACUUGACAGAAAUAAGCAAAGAUGGUGUCUAAAAAAAAAUGCUCAAAAAAAAAAAUAAAGUUGCCUAUGUAAUGUUUUAGAACAAAGCUACACUAUGAAAUUGUACAUGUUUGUGGAUACUGUGUAUAUAUAACAUGUAUACACUAACUAAAUAAUUUGUAUAAAAUGACAAGUUUUUUUUUUCUCCUCCUCCUCAUCCUCCCCCCUCUGUUGUAUUGUAUCCUCAUCCGCAUCUGUUCAGUCAAAUAUUGCCUAAUAAUCCAAUGCUGCUACAGUCGGAUAGAAGAAAAAAAACAUAAAAACAACUUAAAAAAAAACAAAAGAAGAAAAAAAACACAGGUCACUGUCACUAACUUUACUUACAGACAAUCUCCAGUUGAACCACUGGGAGUAUUAACUGAGGAAAGCCAUUUUUUCUCUCCCCCCCGGCUCCGCCCCCCCCCCCCCCCCCCUGUUUUAAAGCAAUGAGAAGAAGAAGAAAAGAGACAGUUCGAUAUGCCGAGCACUUAACUUAGACGUGUGCUUCACUUUGUACGUCCUUACUAAUUGCCUUUUUUUCCCUCUUUUUUCAAAAGACUUUUUAAUGCAAAGUAACAACUCAUCAAACACAAGAGGUUUGGAAUGGUAUUAAAAGUUGCAGUUGAAUAUAUGUAAAAAAAAAAAAAAAAAAAGAAAGACGUAUAUUCGAUUUGCAAAGUAUUUGAGCGUAUAGUUAAGAAUUGGACUUUUAGUUUUUUUUGUUUUGCUUUUUGUUUUGUUUUUCCUGAGAAACACACUUUGUGCACUUUAGGCUGUACUGUUGACGAGCCGCGGUUGUCAUAGGUCGUGUUUGUAAAUGCGAGUCGGUCCUGUGCAGCCGUCAAACUCACUUUCUACGUUGGAUCGGGGGCAAGGAAAGACGGGAGUUUCCGCCACCUCUUCUUCGAGCCCCCCUCCAUGUUUUGUUUGACAAAAAGUAAAGAGGCAGAAACCCCCCGAGGACGUCUGAUGACCACAAGCUGGAUCUCAGCAGAUUUAUAAAAAAAAAAAAAAAAUGGAAAUCACUCGUGCCCUUUUUCUUUUUUUUAUCCCUCUCUCCUCACUUUGUCGUCGCAGGAUUUUCUGUCCUGUUUUUCCCAAGUCAGUAUUGUUGGGGGUCAAUUUUGCCAAGUUCUUUUAUUAUUUUUUUUGUUUGUUUGUUUGUUCCUUGUUUAUUAUUUUUUAAAGCCCCAACAGAUGAGCAGAUUGUUUUUUCCCCCUCCGGUGGCACUGUAAACAGCUUGAUCCAGCAGUCGGUUUAUUUGAUGGUAUGUGGCCUUUUAACUGCUUUGUAUUAAUGGUCUUGAUGAGAUUAAUAAAUCACCCAGUCUUAUUUUGUACUGAA